GGCGAAUUCCAUUGGGAGAACAGGAGCACUCAAAAGCACGCUGAAAGUGCUCUUUCCAGAGGCGGCGUGUUUCAGUGGUCGAACAGGAGUGGGAGAGCCGUCAUCCAGUGGUAGAACAAGAGCAGUUUCGCUGCGCCGAGAGCAGCCGGGAGCAGUCCGGACUGCUCUCGCCUGAAAAGCGGAGUACGGAGGAAGUCACGUGACUUAAACCGUCAUAUCCUCCUCAUUUUUUUAUUUUGGUUCAGCCGGCGAGCGCAGCGGUAAUGGCGGCGGCAAAGCGUGUUCGCCUUGAAGUGCUUGAGACGCUGGAUGAAGAGAGCUCAUCUUCAGAUUCGAGUUUGAGUUCCACGGACGACUCUAGUAGCGAUGAUGACGACUACGAAAUGUAUGCAGCGGCGUUUCAAGAGCUAUUUUCGCUGCCGGAGCAAAGACCGAAAGUGGAUUCGUACAUUGCAAAAACAGUGUCUUCCUACUCCGACGAGGAGUUCAAAAGAAAUUUCCGCAUUACACGGUCAGUGGCGGAACUCUUGGCAGCUGAAUUCGCCAAGUCACCGCAUUGCCCUAAAAAGAGAGAUCGCGGUGGCCUUCCUCCCAAAUCUCCUGAAGAACACAUUCUGUCCUUUCUUUGGUAUGCAGCCAACAAGGCUUGCAUUAGGGAUGUUGCUGGUCGCUUCGAAGUUGCAGAAAGCACCCACCACAGAAUGAUGAACCGGGUAACCUCAUUUCUCCUCGACAUUGCACCCAGUAUCAUCAAGUUCCCUAGUGACCUGCACAAGCUCGCUACUGAUUUUGAGCAGGUAUCAAGAUUCCCAGACACUAUUGGAUGCGUUGACGGCAGCUACAUAUCCAUCAGGUGUCCAGCUGGCAAAGUACGCUCCGUGUACGUAAACAGACACCAUUACCCAUCUGUGACCCUUCAAGGCAUAUGCGACAACAAGAAGAGAUUUCUUGACGUCAGCACUGGCGCCCCAAGUAAAAUGCAUGAUUCAAGAAUUUUCAGAAGGUCAAGGGUUGCUAAUCUGCUGCCACAAUUGUGCUCCAGUGUGUACCACAUAGUAGGCGAUGCAGCCUACCCUUUCAGAGAGCACCUCAUGACACCUAUUCGGGACUACGGAAACCUGGACUGCAGCGACAGAGCCUUCAAUGCAAGGUUGUCGGGAACGAGGGUCCUAAUUGAAAAUGCCUUCGGAGAUCUAAAGAAUCGCUUCAGGCAAUUGCACAGGUUGGACAUGUGGACAGUGGACAACAUGUCCAAGUUUAUAAUCUCAUGCUGCGUGCUUCACAAUCUCUGUAUUGAACAGGGAGAUUUGCCGGAGAACUUGUCACGAGACAUGUCCCUCAGCCUACAAACACCAAACGACAAUGACACUGGCCCUCCUGCAACUCAACAAAGCAGCGGCAGCAAUGGAUCCCAGCAAGAUAACCUUUUACGUGCCUUGGCUGGUAUCAAGAGAGCUCACUUGAUGGUGAAGAUGGGGCUGCGGAGACCGCAACCAUGAACUGUAGGAAUUCCUUGAAGAAAUUACAACAUUGUGAGCAAAAGUACAUGUAUUGGAGGCUCGCAGAAAAAUAAAAGCUAUUCAAGUUACCACCAUAUCACACACAAAAAAAGGCGCUGG